AUGAAAAUUUUGGCAUUUGCCGUAUUCGUUAUUUUCCUUCAUAGCCCAUUUAUUAAUGGUGAUAAGACCUUCACGAUCCCAGCUGACAAAAGGGCCGCUCUAGAGGCUAUCAUAGACCAAUGCCGCGAACAAGUAAACCUCUCACCGGAAAUGCUAAACAAAAUACGCCACUGCAAACAUGGAAAUGUUGAUGUUGAAGAAAAUGUGAAAUGCUUCUACGAAUGCACUCUGAGUAAAGUGGGAUUUUUCAUUGACGGUGUUAUUCAACCAACAAAAAUUGCAAAAGUUUUGGGACCAAUUAUUGGCAUGGACAAACUCAAUGACAUCAUGGCGAAGUGUAAUAAUCUGACAACAGGUGGCAGUAUAUGCGAUACGGUUUUUAACAAAUACGAUUGCUAUUGCAAGAAUCGUGUGGAGGUUGAUUAA